AACUGUUAUUGUGCCUGCUUGUCGGCUGUGCUGCCAGCAUCCCACAUAACAUGAGUGGUAUAUAAAGCAGCGCAUUCAGCGGAACCAUGUUUGUUCUGCUUCCACAGGAGAGAAAAACAAAAUGUCUGGCUAAUGGGGAACUGUGGAAUUGACAAUCGAAGAAAAGAUCCUCCUCUUAGUGGCCAUGAUCCUAGGACAGCUGUUCAACUUAGAAGCCUCAGUACAGUUUUGAAACGUCUCAAAGAAAUCAUGGAUGGAAAAAGCCAGGACAGUGACCUCAAACAAUACUGGAUGCCAGAUAGCCAGUGUAAAGAGUGUUACGACUGUAGUGAAAAAUUCACUACCUUUAGACGCAGACAUCACUGUCGGUUAUGUGGGCAGAUUUUCUGUAGCCGAUGCUGUAACCAGGAAAUCCCUGGAAAAUUUAUGGGUUAUACAGGUAAGAUGGAAGUGUAAUCAAACAUCUAGCUUUUGAGAAGAUGAAGAAAUCAUUCUUCUGUUGGAAUGGGUGGGUGAGGAUGAAUUUCACAUUGCCCUAAAACCAGUGACGUGCGGUGAGGUUCACCACCGGUGAGGCAAGCGGGCAGGAUUUCGCCUCCCCCCCACCAGCCGGAAUAGUGCAUGCACCAUCCAUCCCCCUCACCCCAGCUGCACCAGAGGAGAGGGGGGAAAGCCAAACAGAGCCCCCCC